CGUCAAGCCCAAGGCAUGGUCCAUCCCAGGUUGUCGGUGUUGGCUGCUUGAGUGUCUUGAUUGAAUGCAGAACUCCACGUAUAGACUAAACUCGCAGCUGACAACCCCCCAAACUACUUUCCAAACUGUACCAUUGAAUGUGAUUCACGCUCCCACGAAAGUUAUCCAGAAUGUAUGCGGAUAUCAACAAGCCCCCUGCGCCAUUGCCAAAGGCAGAGCCACAGUGCAUCGGUGAGGGUAUCACCUUGCUACCGCCGCUCUCGCGCAGAGGCUACGGGAAGGGUCUCAUUAUACUGCAACAUGAUUCGACUCAGAGCCUCGAAAUUGUUGAAGGAGUUCCCUCUGCUCUCAUCAAGUGGGCGGAAGAGGGUUUCGUUGUGGUGGAGAUCCAAGCCAAGGCGUUGACUAACCCGAGCACUGCCGCGGAUGUCUUGCAGACUGCAUUGAAAGCACUCAAAGACUGCAGCAAGUUGGAGAAAGAUGGCAAAGCUGGGAUUGUCGACAUCGUGGGAGCUGUUGUCUACGCAAACGCCAGCGAUGAGAGCACACUCAAGAAAGCAAAAGUUCCCAUGCUGUGCCAUCUAGCUGGUGGUCAAGCACCACCCGAGACAAAGAAAACAGAGGGCAUCACAACGUAUCGAUAUGCCAAAGCCAAAUCAUUCAGGCUAGCGACGCCAUUUCAUGAAGAUUUUGAUUACUGGGCAGAGUCUCUGUCUCACACCAGAAAUCUGACAUUUCUCAAGCCACUCACCGGUGGACCGUAUUUCGAUCUUGAGGCGAUCUGGGAUGAGCAUACGUAUUAUGAGUUCGCGGACCGCUCUGUUGAGCAUACCAUGAGCACAAUGGUUGAUCAACCCUAUGUGAACCAUGUUCCCACUCUGACGGGUGGCAUCGGACGAGGGCCACUGACACAAUUCUACCGUAACAACUUCAUCUUCAAUAACUCUCAAGACACUGAGUUGGAGCUCAUCAGCCGCACGCUUGGGAUUGACCGCGUUGUGGAUGAGUUCAUCUACAAGUUCACACAUGACACUGUUGUGGAUUGGCUUGUUCCUGGUAUUCCGCCAACGUACAAGAAAGUAGAGAUACCCUUCACUGCUGUUGUGAACAUUCGUGGCGAUAGAUUAUACCACGAGCACAUCUCUUGGGACCAGGGAACCGUCCUUGCUCAACUUGGCUUGAUGCCACAAUACCUUCCCUUCCCUUAUCCGAUCAAAGGCCAAGAGGAUGGAUCGGCUUUUGAGUAUCGCGUGCCGGUAUUAGGGAUUGAUACCGCGCAAAAGAUGAGGGAUCGGAACUCUGUUUUGUCAAACGAGAUGUUUAGCUUCCAGGUGCGGAUGUCAUAG